CAAUUCACUCCUUUUAAAUUUAACAAAUUGAUUGCCAAGUGCAACUGUGAAGAAAGAAGGGAAGUUGGUAACUCAGGAAACAGUUCUUAUUCCCUGAGGCCUGGGAAAAGUUCACCCUUGACCCUGGGAGUUAUUAUAGCUGAAGAGAAUCCCAUAGAACCAGAGCUAUUCCUGGAGCUGGAAGAGGAGACGGAGGGCGCCCCGGCUAGCAGCUUGUACUUGGCACCCAACUCCUGCCAGGGCCGCUGCCUGGAGGCCUUCGACAAGCACCACCCAUGCCACUGUAAUGCCCACUGCCCAGAGUUUGGAAACUGCUGCGAGGAUUUUGAGAGCCUGUGUGGCCAUGAGGGCUGCUCCCACAGCAGGGAUGCCAUAAACAAGGAAGUACUGCAGAGUGUCUCUGAGAAGAUCUACAGGGCAGACACCAACAAAGUCCGGAAGGAAGACAUCGUUCUCAACAGCCAAAACUGCAUCUUGCCCUCAGAGACCAGAGACCAAGUAGACCACUGCCCAGAGCCGCUCUUCACAUAUGUCAAUAAGAAGCUCUUCUCUAAGCUGACCUACACCGCCUUCAUCAACCUCCUCAACAACUACCUGCAGGCCACAGGCCGCGGGGAGCACUUCACAGCCCAGGAGCUGGCUGAGCAGGACACCUUCCUCAGAGAGAUCAUGAAGACAGAUGUCAUGAAGGAACUCUAUGGCUUCCUCCACCAGCAGAACCACUACAGCUCGGAACAGGAGUUCGUCAGUGACCUAAAAAAAUGGUUUGGGCUGUAUUCCAGAAGCAAAGAAGAGAGGGACUCAAGUGGCUUUGAGCACGUCUUCUCAGGUGAAGUCAGAAAAGGCAAGGUCACUGGCUUCCAUAACUGGAUCCGUUUCUACAUGCAAGAGAAGGAGGGCCUGGUGGACUAUUACAGUCACAUCUAUGAUGGGCCUUGGGAUUCUUACCCCGACGUGCUGGCCAUGCAGUUCAACUGGGAUGGGUACUACAAGGAAGUGGGCUCAGCUUUCAUUGGCAGCAGCCCUGAGUUUGAGAUGGUGCUCUACUCUCUGUGCUUCAUUGCCAGGCCAGGCAAAGUGUGCCAAUUGAGCCUGGGUGGACAUCCCUUGGCCAUCCAGACCUAUACUUGGAACAAGUCAACCUAUGGAAAUGGCAAGAAGUACAUCGCAACAGCCUAUGUGGUGUCCUCCAUCCAUUAGAGUUUCAAGCCAGAAAGGCAUAUUAGGGCAGUGAGAGGUCUUGUAGGACUGAGAUGCUAUUUUCUCCACACUGGAGGGUAUGGGAUUAGAGGAGACUGGAAGGAAUUCCCUAAUC